ACAUGGAUAAAUUAUUAGAACACGUUAAAAAUACGGUUAUAAAAAACAAAAUGGAAGAUGAAGUUAUCAUUCUUAAUGUUGGUGAAACAACUUUAGAAAUAUUAUUUAAUCCUAAAGACCCUGAAUCAAUCAAACCAAUUUAUCCUGGUGGUAAUGAAUACUUUAUCGAUCGAAAUGGCCAUGCUUUCUAUUGCAUUUUAGAAUAUUAUCACACUGGUGAAAUCCUCUGGAAUGAUGAACUCAAAUCCAAAGAAUUUCCAGUUUCGAAACAGACUAUAGAUUUAGAAAUAGAAUAUUUUAAGAUCCCCAUUUCUGAUAACCAUAUUAUCCAUAAUUUACAGGAGGGUGCUUCAGUUUUUGACAAAUUUUGCGAUUAUUUGAUACUUUUUAUUAAUAAAGCAAUAAACAGAUUUAUUUCGGAUAUCUCUGUUACAUAUUAUAUAGAUGGUUCUGGUUCAAAUUGUUUUCUAUUUGAUAAUUAUGAGAAAGGAAGGUGGCAUCACGAAUUUAAUAAACAAGGAUAUGCAUUUUGUUCCAAUGAAAAAAUUGUUGCCGCAAUUGGAAAACGAUUAGCAAACCAUUUUGCAUCUAUUAAAGUAAUGUUUAACCAAGGGCAUAAUCAUCUGGUUCAGUACGCAAGUUUGGUAGUGACUGAAUACUUAGACAUAACUAAGUUUGCAGAAAGUCUUUUAUAA